CUGCACAUUGUGUAGUGCACUAUGUUUCCAAAAGGGGCCAUUUUGGAUUUAACCAAGGUCCUCCGCUUGUGUGCUUUGCUACUGCGUGCUCCUCUGUGCCCCCCUCCCUUUUGUUCUUUCUCUCUUUCGGCAUCCCCCCAUCCCCCACUCUCUCUCUCUCUCUCUCUCUCUCUCUCUCUCUCUCACACCAUGAGUGUGUGUAUGUGUGUGUGAAUGCUUCUGCGUUUCCAUACCGCCUGCAAGAAAAAAGCCCCCAAAUCGCUGGAGCAAAGUGGGAAAAAACAAGCCGAAGGAGAAAAGGCCAGAGGGAAAGAACACGUUCAUAACGGACUUAUACACGCAAAUCUGCCUCUAUAAUUAUCAUAUCGGUUUGCAGGUAUAAUCAGCAGUGUCCAUUUGCAUAUCCAUCCCUUCUUCAUUUGCCUUUGCUUCAGUGAGAAUGGCAGGCGGACCCCCCUCUGACAAAUACACUUUUCUCUACCCGACAGACAGCAGCCUAAAGAGAUCUCAGUCUGAUCAAGCAUCAAUGGGAUGUGUUGAACAAACAAGUCCUAUCCAUGGAGGCCCCACCUUGCAACUUACGGGACUUGAAGGAUCUGCUGCUAACGUCUUGGUGCCAGAUACCACAGCACAUCUUCAGGGGUCCUGUGGAGUCCAGGCCUUGAUGGGUCAGAGCUGUUUCAACGACACAAGAAGGACCUACACAAUAUUAGACAGUAAGAGCAGAGUAUCCAGCAUGAACCCCGUGUACAGUCCAGUGCAGCCCGGGACUCCAUAUGGAAACCCCAAAACCAUGGCCUACACAGGUUACCCAGCAGGCUAUCCUACUGCAGCGCCUGCCUACACACCAAGCCUCUAUCAGACAGGCAGUCCAGGGUACCCUCCAGGAUACACCGCAGGGACUCCGUAUAAAGUUCCCCCGUCCCAGUCGAAUGGCGCUCCUCCUCCAUAUUCCCCCUCUCCAAAUACAUAUCCCUCAGCCAUGUACCCUAUCCGCAGUGCCUACCCCCAACAGAACCUCUACACUCAGGGAGCCUACUACACCCAGCCUGUGUACGCUGCACAGCCACAUGUUAUCCAUCACACCACGGUGGUGCAGCCGAACAGCAUCCCCUCUGCCCUGUACCCCGCCCCAGUGCCCCCUGUGACCCCCCGGCCCAGCGCACUCACCAUGGGCAUGGUGGCAGGAACCACGAUGGCCAUGUCUGCAGGAACGCUGUUGACCACACCCCAGCAUACUCCCAUUGGUCCACACCCUGUUACGGUGCCAACGUAUCGUCCGCAAGGGACGCCUGGCUACAGCUAUGUGCCACCUCACUGGUAGAGCCAACCUGUCAAUCAUAUCUGGAGUUAAACGUCGUAUGCAAAAUCUUCAAGUGUUACACAGGCUCUCUGUGAUCAGCAGCCACGUCUGCCAGAACAGAAGAAAAAAAGGGUCACUUUAUGCAUUCUUAUGUCUUUUUGUAAAAGCUGCUUUUUUUUUCUCCUCUAUUUUUUUUCUAAUUUAAUUUCUUCUUGUGUUUUAGUCUUACUAUUCCUUACCUGUUUUGUUGCAUUUUUUUAAUCAAUAUUUUUAACAAUCAACUCCUGCAGAAACUCCAGAAUGAUUUUGACCAAUUGCGACUUUGAAACAAUGUGCUUUUUUGUUGAUGUUGUUGUUGUUGUUGUUGUUCCAUAUUUCCACUGGUGAGUGGGAAUGUACAUUGCACCAUGCUCAUCAUGUCUGUCAUGCCAAAUAUUAUAAGGUUUAGAUAGUAGUGCAGGGUGUUUUUUUUUUUGUUUGUUUGUUUGUUUGUUUUUGUUUUUCCAUUUGUGUAGAUUUUCAGAUUCCCUUUAGAAGGGCUGAGACGGGUUUCUGCUUUUCAGUUUUGAUUUCAUACAACUUUCUUCUGUUCAUCUUCUAGCAUUGAUAACAAGGGUGUCUUCCAAUUUGUAGCAGUUUAUUAGGUACAUUUGUAAUAAGUUUAGCACAGUGAGUAGGACAGCUCGAUGUGAUUCAGACUUCAUUAGGAUGUCGAGCGCUUACACUAAUCUCAGUUAUUCACUUAGUAGAGGACUCUGGUUUCUUUAUUUACUGGAUCAUCUGGAUAUAGUAAGCUUCUAAAUUAUGACGUGCAAAUUAUAUUUCUAUAGAUUCAUGUAAUGAGAUGUGCUCUUGCGGUGGUUUGCAAUUGGACAUACAUGCUGAAACACCUGCCAACACACAGUCUCAGUGGGGGCAAGUGAUAUAAAAAUGGCACUUAGGCUGAAGGAUCAGGGUCAGAUUUCAUCUUAAUGCAAAAUAUGUGCCAAGACACAGAACGAUUGGGAUCGACAGGGUCCUGAGUUAAUAUUCAUGAUCUCUAAAUUAUGGUGGACUGUAAAUAUGAAACACACUAACAAAGCAAAUCAGCAAACAUAACAGCAAAUCAGAAAUCACAUCAGCAAUAACGUAAGGGAAGGUCCUUAUUGAACAUCACAUGCAUGUUGCUGGUUAGCUAUGGUGUACAUCAUGCUAAGACUCUGCAGAAAACAGCUGGAUUUUUUUUUUUUUACAGGAAAUGCUAGACUAAAUGAAUCUACUGAUGUUUUUAUACAUACUUACUUUUACCAAGUGUACAUGUAUGAUAUGCUGUCAACUUUGCACAGCAUUAAAAUUAGUAUGCAAAUUCUAAAAUUAAAUAAACAAAAAUAUAUGAAUAAAUUAAUUAAUUAACUAAAAGCUUAAAAGUAGCCUUGUUUUUCAGAAGAAUUACUCCUCACAAUAGGAGGCUGAGAUAAGAGUUAUCCUUGUGAUCGUCAUACUCCGUGUCCAAUCAGUAGCAAGCUUGAUGUUCAAUAAUGAUCUUUCCUUGCCGUUUUGUGUUGAUGUCUGUGUUUCUGAAUUUGUUUUUGCGUUUUUGGUUUGUUGAUGUGUUUUGCAUUUACCAAAACGGAUUUAAAGGGAUUUUUAUCAUGCAUUUAGAAUGAAUCAGUAAUGAUUGCAGUAAGUAGUAGACUAAUCCUUCAUUCACAUUAAAAGGUGACAAAUCAUUAACCCAGUUUUUUGCUUGUUGGUAUGCACUCUACAGUUUUUUUAGUGUUCUAAUAGGAAGUGAUUUUUAUAGGUUAUUGUAAAACUGAUACCUGUUUUUUUAAAUGAUUUAAUAUCUUCCUAUUUCUGUUGCUUUAAAUGGUAUUCAUUUGUCAAAUUGUUAAUAUCAAACAUUGACUAUCCAAAUUUGCAGACAGUUGAGAAAAUCUUGAUUUGAUUGUCACUGUGCCAGAAUUGGAGAGCAGGGUCUGUACACUGGAUGUAGACCAUUGGGCAGGUCUUUAGGUGUGACGGAUGGGUCUGUCUUUUAGCCCAUACAAGUCCUCAAACAUACCAUUUACUUUUUUCUUUUUUUAUAAUAUUUCUCAUAAUCCUGUCAGGUUAGCUUAUGUUUGAAGUCUAUGAACCUUUAGAAAUAUGACUCGAACUAAUUUCUCAAAGGAUAUCUGAGGAAAUUUUAUGAUGGCUAGUUGGCUAGCCACAAAGCCUGUGAAAAUGCAUGAGCAUAAAUGACUGCCAAUGUCCUCAAUCUUCUGAUUUGAAGCCCUUCAUAAAUGGACUCAAUGGCACACUUACAUUCUCAUUUAUGCCCUUCAGGACAAAUGCAGCAUUCGACUAGAGCUCAUAACUCAGAAUUUCCAAAUAAAAUGACCUAUCAAUAUGGCUCCACGCACUCUCAACAGUAAAUCAAGUACUGGUUCUUUCCUUUUAAAUGAGAUUACUGUAGUAUUUGCUUCAGAUCAAUCGACACACAGACAUAACAUGAACUAUAACACUGACCAUACAGCUUAUUAGCUGGCUUGCUGUUUUAGUUCAUAAGAUUUUGCUGCUUGGCAGAGCAAACAAAAUAUGGUAUUUACUCUACAUAAUAGAGGAAAUCAUUCCUACUUCACAGUUGAGUGGACUGCAGCAACACUCAGAGCCACUCCUAUUUCCAUAUAUGGUCUCAGUGCAGUGCUCACAUUUUCAUUUAUGGCUUUCAAACCACGUCCACCCAGUGUCACUCAUAUUUCCCCAAUAUGAACCCAUAUAUGGACUCAAGAUGCACCUUCCAUCGUGCAGCCAGUCCAUGUUGAAAUUGUAGUUGUGCUAUGCCACAGGAAAUGACUGCUUGCUUUGUCGCUUUGUCACUUCCUAGUGUGAAUGUAGGGUAAAAACAAGUAGAAAAGGGCAUAAAGGUGACCAGUUGAGAAAUCCCCAAGUCCUCUGUGAACAUUUGGGCCCGGAGGCCUCGCUGCACAGAUUUGAGAAGUAUUUGUUAAAUGCAAUAAUAAAAACUGCCUCAAUGUACAACAGCAUUGAAAGAAAGAAUAUUGUGAAUCCUACUCCCUUGUAAUCUAUGAACGCACUACAUUACAUAUCAGUUACUUUAUAAAAUAAUAUCAGCAUAUUGACACAGAUACGUAAUAAUCAAAUAUACAGUACACUAUUUAAUGAUCUACUAAAGGAAGACAAGUGUAUAUACUAUGGUACCCAUUUGGCUUGAUUAGGAAUGUGCCGAUAUUCAGUUUUUGAUUUUUUAGGGCAGUCUACAGAUAUUACCAUGAUAUUGUAUAUAAAAACUGUUUCCUGUAUCCUUCUCUUUGGCUGGCAUGUUUUGUUUUUGUUCUGUUUUGUUUUUUUGUCAUAGAACACAACAGGACAUUCUUGGGAGAAAACUGAUGGCUAAUAUGGAGAGCAGACAUACUCUUAAAUGGAAAGCAGGGUUACUGAUGCUAUCCUGGAAUAUGUUUAAACUUUUUUUGCUGUUUUCUGUUCUGAAGGUUUCUACCACAGUAGCCACACACACUGAAAUUAUUUGCCUUGUUUUGUAGCAUUUUAUGUAAACCUGAUGAACUAACAAGCAAUCUCCAACAAGCAGCAGCUGCUUUUCUGGUGAUGAGUGCAACUAGAAUAUUCCUAGCAGACUAACAUAGGUAGCUAACUAAGGAUAAAUUGCAAAUUAGCUAAAUAUGGUCACUAAAUAAGCUUUGAAAUUGCAGUAGAUUAGCUAAUUGAUUUUGACUACAAAAUGAUUUCUGACAAUCUAUGAACAGAAAUACAAGCACAGACAUGAAAAUUUGUAAACUUGCUCCACAGUCAGGGAGAGACAGCUUGUUGAAAAAUUCAAGGAAAUCUGGUCUGGUGAAGAGAAUAAUGGGAUUGACUACACCAUGAAAGGUAUUUGCAAAGCUGCCCUCACAUUAAAUCAAAGAAUGGGACAGGCUUUAUGUUGGGAGUACGCAAAUGCUGCCUACCUUGGUAGCCACCUUGCGAUAGAAAUGCAUUGAUUGCCUGUGUUUAAUGCUGGGGUUUAUCAUAUUAUUGAUUAUCGGCACAUCCCUAGUCACAGGAUUAAUAUUAUUCUUGGUCAACACAUUUAUCAUUUAGGCUACUCAAACACUACUUGAAAUAUAGUCAUCCGAAUGAGAAGACUCAGAAAUUUUAUGGGACAUUAUGACAUGCGGAUUUCAGCUCUUCAGGUCAGUAUUCAGUAGAGCCUUUGUGAAACAUUCCUUUAUUAUAAAGGAGGGAGUGAGAGGAAGAAAACUUGUACAAGACUAAAACUGGACUACUUAAUUGGAAAAAUUCCAAAUUCUUCCUCUUACCUGUGGCAGCAUAGGAAAACCCUUUAAUUCAUAAACUUCAGAAGAAUUCUCGAGAAUGCAGUUUUUUCUUUUCUUUUGUUUUGACAAUAUUCCAAUCAGAACCAAACAUCUGCCUUGUGAAGUCUUUUCACUAUCAAAAAUGUAAAAGUUUUUUUAUUAUUUGCGCAAGUUAACGGUUGUUAAUGCUAGGCUGAGGUUACUAGGAAGCAAAUACAGGAUAUAAAAAUAAAUGUUAUAUAUAGGGAUGUGGACGAUUAUUCAAAUGUCUGCAUGUAAAGCAUUUAUGUGUAUGUUUUCAUUCAUUGACAAACUAUAUAGUGCUUUGCAUAAGUAUUUACUGCAUUGAAUUUUAUAUUUUGUAGUGUUUCAACCUGGAAUUGAAAUAGACUUAAUUGGGAUUUUUACAAUUUGAUUUACUCAAUAUGUCUGACAUUUGAAGGUACAAAAUGCAGUUAUUUUUAAGUUGCAUAAGUAUUCACCCCUGGUUGAUAUACAUGCCCAUUCGUCUUGGUAAAAUUGCUUAUGUUCUGUUAGAUGAGAUGUUAGUGAACAGCAACAUUCAGGUCUCUCAAUCAGAUUGAGGUCUUUGACUUUGAGGGCUUUGACUGGGACAUUCUAAAACGUUCAGGUUUUUAGUUUUUUACUAUUCCACUAAAGUUAGAAUGGUAGUAAGCAUAAGUUCAUUAUCCUGUUUGGAGCUUACACCUCUGGCCCAGUCUCAAGUCUCUUACAAACAGAAACACAUUUCUUCUCAGAUUGCCCUGUAUUUGGCUCCAUCCAUAUUGCCCUUAAACCUGAGUAAUUUUCCCUGCUUCAGUAGCAUGGGCUGUUUUGUGUAGCUGGCAUAAUGUGAAUAAAUACUUAUGCAAGGCAGUUUAUUACAUUACAUGACAUGUCAAAGUGGUUGUAGCCUUUUAAAAUGAAAUGUUUUUGUUUUUCAUUUCUGUUCAUUAUUUCUCUGUAUUACAUCUGUCAAUCACACAAACCCAUAUGCCAUCACAGACAGGACAAAUUAUUAAUUGUAGUGAAAAAUGAUACUUGAUUACGUCAUAUUAAAUCCACUUUUCUCCAUGUCCUACCAGUUAAGUAAAUAAUAUUUUAUCUCACAAACAGUUGCUGAAUGAGCAUCACUAAGCUACAGGAUAGACUACAGGCAGAUGCUAAUGCUACUAACACUAACAGACAAGUUUAGAUGGAAAAUAAACAAAAGGCGUUUGGUGAGGAAUGUUUGAAUAUUAUUUAAGCAAAGUCUUAAAUAUAGAAAGAAAAACUUGAAUAGUUGAAUUGGGACAACUGAUGAUUAACAACAACUUACAAGUUUUCCGGUAUCACCACAGAUAUAUGAAAAUUUUAACUUUUAAGUAAACUGCAUUAGAACCAUCUAGAAUCCUCUAUAUUUAAUAGAUGGAUAAAAGCAUCUUCUUCUCUUUUUUUAUUCUAUUCUAAAAUAAAUUUGGCCUAAAGACUAGUGUUUCACAAUGUUGUCCUAGUAUUAAGUACUUAAGUGCCCUCCAGAAUUAUUGGCACCCCAGAGUGGUGCAACACAAAAGCAUCACCCUAUCAUCGAGAGCUCAUUAAUUUGAAUCCUUUAUUUAAACAUGUUUUGUUUUCAAACAGAACAUUUUAUUUAUUGGUGCAAUUUUUUUUCUGCAAAAUACUGGUUUCAAAAUUAUUGGCACAUUUACAAUUAAUAUUCUGUGACACCUUGUCUGGAGAGAAUAAUAACACUGAGUCUCUUGUAAUGUCUAACAAAGUUGGAGAAACUUAUAGAGGCAUUUAUUUAAAUUAUUCCUCAGGGUUGUCACUAAUUUUGGUACAUAAAUUCUUGAGGAAAAAAAAAAAUACUAUUAUUAAAAAAAUAGUUCUAAUGAGUGAUUUAUGUUAGAAAAAGGAUGCAUAGUUUCUCCUGUUGUUUGAGUAGGAAAUUUGAAAUAUUGUAAUAUUUAUACUCUAUGAUCUUUUCUUUGCUUAUUUUUUGAAGGCUAGUAUGUCUGGAGGGCACUGUAAAUAUUUCAAAUAUACCUUGGUCUUUCUUUCUGUCACUUUCUCCUUUGUAUUAAAUAUUAAGUCUGUUUAUCCAUCUAGUCUUAAUAACAGUAUUAUGGCAGGCAAUGAAAUAUUGAUAUAAUUAGAACAAAUCAGAUUUGUAAUGCAAGACUUAAUGCAAUCAAUGCAAUUUAAAGUUAUUAAUCAGUUCACUGGUCAAGGUUGUUUCUGAGAUGGAGGUCGAACCUCUCAAAUCGAAAAUGUAGGAUUUAUAAGUGUUUUUGUUGCUAUUUUUACACUAACGUAAGUUGGUUAGAUUUAAAAGUAAACGAUUCCACACUUACCUGUAAUUAUGCGCUUUCUACCAUAAGUGUUAUUUAAGUUUUUAUUAAUGAUUGAUGUUCCUUUUAUUCUUAAGUAAAUGAUCAGGAGUGUGGUGUGUAACUAUGUGAGGGACAUUUCAGAGCACAGGUCUGUAAACGGUCUCUUCCUCUUGCUUACUCUUGCUUUUCUGUCUUUAUAAUGGCCUGCUUCAAGUAAAUUGUGGUACUGUUAAAUUAUCAGACGGAAGAACAUGAAAGGGGAUUUUUCUAUUUAAACAAAAAAAAGUCUGUAAAUUUAAAAAAAAAAAAAAAAAAAAAAAUG